UCUCUGCGUAUCUGCCUUCCCAAAAUUGAUUCCCCACUCAAAUAUUUGCUCUCCCCCAUCAAUCACUCUGCAAAUCAAUUCCUCACUCUGUGAAAACAAAGAGAAAAAUACAAGAAAAGCUAAGGAAAAGAAAUAAUUUGAAACCACCCAAAAGACAGAGCUGAAACUUGGAGCUGCAAAAUCACCAUCGAAAGAGCUUGUGAAUUCAAUCCUUGGUAGCUAUGGCGAAAAGAUCGCUUCCGGUGCUUCUUGCCCUGACCAUUGUGUCGCUGUCGGUAGUUAUUCCGAUCGCGCGUGGCAAUUCGGAAGGGGACGCGCUUUACGCGCUUCGCCGGAGCUUGACCGACCCGGAUAAAGUGCUCCAGAGCUGGGAUCCGACUCUCGUGAACCCGUGCACCUGGUUCCACAUCACAUGCAAUCAGGAAAACCGCGUCACUCGCGUGGACCUUGGGAACUCAAAUUUAUCUGGUCACCUAGUACCUCAGCUUGGAAAUCUUGAGCAUCUCCAGUAUCUGGAGCUUUACAAAAAUAACAUUCAAGGGUCAAUUCCUUCUGAGCUUGGCAACUUGAAGAACUUAGUAAGUUUGGACCUAUAUAACAACAAUCUCACAGGAAAAAUACCCGAUUCAUUGGGAAAGUUGCAAUCACUUGUCUUUCUACGUGUGAAUGAUAAUCAGCUUCAUGGACCAAUUCCGAGGUCAUUAGCUGGUGUAUCUAGCUUGAAAGUUGUAGAUGUCUCAAAUAACAACUUGUGUGGUACAAUUCCUACCACUGGUCCUUUUGAACACAUCCCAUUGAACAACUUUGAGAAAAACCCCCGACUGGAAGGCCCUGAGCUGCUGGGACUUGCAAGUUACGAUACAAACUGUUCUUGAUGAACUCUGGGGAAUCGUUGGGGUAUUUGUCGUGUUCUGGGUGGUGCUUAUUUUUCUUCUUUAGUUUAUUAAAACUUGUAAUAGUUACCAAUAUGAGUGUUUGAACUCAACCAUGGAUGUGUUCAAGUUGAUGUAUUUCAUGAAUUCACUGUUAAUUUAUGGCUUCAACCAUUAGGAUUCGAAAAAUAUGGAAUUAGACAUUUUCAAGUUUUGUGAUUGAACCGAAACCUUUGGUCAACGGUUUUGGUUAACCAUUGACCACAGUUCCAAUUAAGACUAACCAUUAACCGUGGUUUGGCAGUUCAGUUACGGUUUGUAAUAUGUGGGAACUGUAAAUGUGCCACUAACUCCUCAGAUGGUUACAAGAACU